AUGAAUGAACGUAACUUUCCGGGGAGUAACAUCCCCGAUAAACCUGUGAAUCAAGGUUUGUUUGAUCAGCAUGGAGUUCCGGUUUCACCGUUUCCUGCUGAUGUUCUGAAGGAUGCCGGAUUGUACGAGCCAAACUCUUCUCCGGAUACUGUUCCAAUGCGUGGUAUUGGUUUGCGGGUAACGAAUAUUGAGGGUAACAAUCUGGCCCCAAGACGGGGUAUCUUUUCUACCAGCAAUAAUUCUGUUAUUGAUGGGCUUUUGGAAAUCUCUAAACCGGUGGAGUUGAGCACUGCAUGUGGAGGGAAUCAAUCGGCUGUGGUGAAUCCUUCCCAUGCAAACCCUAGUGGAGCUUCUAACAUAAACCCUAAUGUAACCGAUAAGGAUUUCGGGGGCAAUCAGAUUGGUGUGCAAGGAAGUCAGACUGUUCGCAGGGAUUCAGGUAAGUCUCCGGUAUCUUACGCGGAUUCUAUUGGGGCUGCUAGUGCUAGAACGGUCAAUUUUAGAUCACUCGCAAGUCCGGUAGCUCAUGAGGGUUGUGAUGUAGUUCUGCCGAAGGAAUCUGUUAGGGUUGUUAAGGAUAAGCUUGCUUAUACGUUAUAUGGAUACUUUCUUGGUGAUCGUGUUGCCUACCCGGUAGUCGAGUAUUUCGUGAGGAAUAACUGGAAGAAAUUUGGCCUCCAAAAGACUAUGAUGAAUGCUAGUGGCUAUUUCUUCUUUAAGUUUGCUGAUGAAAAUGGUAUGAUGAAUGCUAUGAAAGGAGGUCCUUGGAUCAUUCGUUCUCAACCGCUUUUUCUUAAUGUAUGGUCUCCAUCUUCGAAACUGGAAAAGAAGGAAGUUAAAACUGUGCAGCUGUGGGUUAAAAUUCACGAGGUUCCCCUUGCCGCAUAUACAGAGGAUGGUUUAAGUAUGAUUGCAACGGCAAUUGGUAACCCUAUAGCCUUAGACAUGUAUACUACCUCAAUGUGCUUGGAUUCUUGGGGUCGGAGCAGUUUUGCGAGAGCUCUAGUUGAAAUAUCGGCAGACAAGGAGUUCAAAGAGGAAAUUGUGAUUGCUGUACCAGUUUUGGAAGGGGACGGGUUUGUUAAGGAAAAGAUGUAUGUGGAGUACGAAUGGAGCCCUCAUCGAUGCUCCUUUUGCAAGGUUUUUGGGCAUCACGAUGGGGAUUGUCCGAAGCAAAUUAGGCAGGUUACGAAGGCUCUGGCCAUUGUUCCAAAAGUUCCUAAAGUUCCUAACUCAAAAGGGCCUUCGAAAAAACCAACGGUAGACAAAGACGGGUUCACGGAUGUGGAUGCUAGGAAAACGGCAAAGAGAAAGGGGUUUCCGGUUAACAAACAAAAACAGCAAUUUGAGUACCGUCCGGUUGGGUUAAAAACCAGUGGUGGGCCGAAUAAAUCAGCCACGACGUCGAGUUUUUAUUCGAAUAACCCCUUUGACGUGUUAAAUGAUUCGAGGAAUGACCAUGAAGCUGGUGGAAGCGGAGUAGGGGAUAUGAAAGAUGAUUCGGAUGAUGACGAGGUCCAGGAAGUAUACAAUGAGACGGUUGAAUUUCUUGUUAAUGAUGCUACUAAACCUGUAACUAAACAAGGGGCAAGCACUCCUUCUUCAGCGGUUAACAAUGAAUCGCAUGUUGAUGUUAGUAGGCUGAGUCAUGUGUGCAAAUCUGUGUUUCGAUCAUGGGAUUGGACAUCAAAUGGGGCUCAUUGUAACAAGGGUACAAGGAUUAUCAUAGGCUGGAAUCCAGCCAUCUUGGAUGUCAUGGUUUUGUCUCAAACCGAUCAGGUUAUCCAUUUACAACUCUUUUUCAAGAAAGAUAACAAUACAGCUUUUUGCUCGGUGGUCUACGCGGCUAAUUACUAUGUGACACGUAGGGAGUUAUGGCACCAUUUGUCUAUGCACAAAGUUUUUGUUGGCACUAAGCCUUGGGUGCUUAUGGGUGAUUUCAAUUCGGCCCUAAACCUAGAAGAUAAAUCGAUGGGGGCCUCAUCUGUUUCUAUUAGUAUGAAGGAAUUCCAAGAGUGUGUGGAUAAUAUUGAAAUGUUUGAUAUUAAUCGAUCGGGUCUCCACCUUACUUGGAACCAGAAGCCCAAGAAGGGGAUUGGCUUGCUGAAAAAGAUCGAUAGAGUGUUGGGUAAUACCGAGUUCGUAACUGCCUUUCCGAAUGCUGUUGCUCUUUUUCAGCCGUAUAGGCUCUCGGAUCAUUGCCCGUGCGUUUUAAAGCUCCCAGAUGCUGGUAUGCCGAAACCUCGGUCAUUUAAAUUUGCUAACUUUCUGGUGUUUAAACCUGAAUUUUUAGACAUUGUGAAGCGAGAGUGGGGUACUAGAAUUAAAGGAGUGCAUCAGUUCUGUGUUGUUAAACGGCUUCGGCUCCUGAAAAAACCUCUUCGUGCUCUGUUAUUUAAGCAAGGUAACUUGCAUAAAAAAGUGGAAAAUCUCCGUGAUAAGCUUGAGGCCAUUCAGAGUUGUAUUGAUAACCAGCCUAAUGUUGAGAGUCUUCGGGUUCAAGAAGCUACUGUAAGUGCUGAAUACCAAGAAGCGUUAUUGGAUGAGGAGCGUUUCCUUAAACAGAAAUCUAAAGUGGACUGGUUGAGAGCUGGGGAUAUGAAUACGGCUUUUUUUCACUCAUCUUUAAAAAACCGAAAUCAUCAUAGCCGGAUUGAUGUCAUUCGUGAUGCUGGGGGUACUUUAUUUGAGGGCAACCAUGUUCAUCAAGCUUUUGUUGAUCACUACGAGAAGUUCUUGGGGUGCCGGGGUGAUACCGCUGAAUCCGGCUCCGGAUUUAUUCUCUAA